AGUAAAAACGAAAUGAUUCAAAAUGAUUUCAUUUCUUUUGUAGCUGUCGAUAUUAACAGAAGUUUAAGCAUUUAAUUAAAAUAGUCGGAAAUGUUUUAACAUAAUUUUUUGCAUUAUUGCAUUUAUUAUACUGUUUUAUCUAUUUCUAAUAUCGAAUUUUGGUUAUUGGAAAAAAUUUGGCAUUGUUAGUCCCAAACCACAGCCAUUUGUUGGCAAUUAUCCCAGUGUUUUGACACAAAAACGUCAUAUAGCUUAUGAUCUACAAGAUCUUUAUGAAAAAUACAAACACACCGAAAAUUUCGUGGGUAUCUUCAGUUGUCGUAGUCCUCAGUUAUUGAUAACAAAUGGAGAACUAGUGAGACGUAUUUAUAGUACAGAUUUCAAACAUUUUCAUGAUAAUGAGGCUUCACGUAUGGGCGAUGACAAAUCCGACUUUUUAUUUGCCAACAAUCCCUUUUCCUGGACCGGCGAAAAAUGGAAGGAAAGACGAGCUGAAAUUACACCAGGGCUCACCAUCAGCCGAGUAAAAACUGUAUAUCCCAUCACCAAAAGAGUUUGUAAAAAUAUGACCAAAUAUAUAGAAGAACAAAUAAAAAUCGGUGCCAAAGAGGGAAUCGAAGCUAAAGAUCUCAGUUUACGCUUCACAUCGGAAGUAGUUACCGAUUGUGUUUUGGGUCUAGAGGCUAAAAGUUUUGAACCAAAACCUUCACCCAUUAUGACAAUGAUUACCCAAAUAUUUGAACAGAACCUAAUUUUUAUAUUCUACACUAUAUUGUUGGGUUUAUUCCCCUCACUAAGUAAUUACUUUAAAAUACGUUUCUUUCCCAAAAAAUCCGAAGAGUUUUUCAUCAAGAUUAUGCAAGAUUCUAUAGAAAUGAGAAAAUCACAAAAGAAACAAGGUGUCAAUGAAGAUCGUAUAGAUUUUAUGAAUUAUAUUUUACAGCUGCAAGAGAAAAAGAAUCUGGCGACUAUAGAUUUGGCCGCUCACACUAUGACAUUUUUAUCGGAUGGUUUUGAGACAACCGGUUCGGUUUUAUCACAUACAUUAUUGUUGUUGGGCCGUGAUUUGGAAAGACAGCAGAAAUUGCGCCAGGAAAUUUUAGAUACUAUAGGUGUUAAUGGUGAUUUUGAUAAAAUGAUGGAAUUGCCUUACUUAGAUGCUUGCAUUCAUGAAUCCAUACGUCUGUUCCCUCCCGGUUUCUUUUCCAAUAAACUUUGCACCGAACCUAUUGAGUUGACCAAUAAAAAUGGCAAAUCUUUAGUUGUGCCCAAGAAUACUGUGGUAGUUUUACCUUUACAUGCUGUAAUGGUAGAUGGCGAUUAUUAUACAAAUCCCAAUGAUUUUGAACCUGAACGUUUUCUUGAGGAAAAUGGUGGCCUUAAGAAAUAUAAAGAUUUGGGUGUUUAUUAUGGUUUUGGUGAAGGACCUAGAGCUUGUUUAGGUAUGCGUUUUGCUUUGGCCCAACUUAAGAGUGCUUUAGUUGAAAUUAUACGCCAGUUUGAAGUAAGUGUUAAUCCGAAAACCCGCAAAGAUAAUGAAUUGGAUCCCAAAUAUUUCUUAUCACGUUUAAAUGGUGGCAUUUGGUUGGAUUUUAAAAAAAUUUAAUAGAUAAUAACAAUAUAAUGUUAAACAUAAAAAUUAAUAACAAUUUAUUAUUGUAUUAAAUUCCCUAAUAUAAAGUUUAUGACCCUAACUCAAAUCCCUAUUGGUUAAAAUAGCUUUUUUUUGUAAGUGAUUUCUUUUGUUCUUAUCUAUUUAUACACACAAUAAUUUUCUCACAAAUAUAAUAUUUAUUUAAAUUUCUAUUCUA